AUGCUAACAAAUUCGGCCGCCCACUUUUUCUCCCUUGGAAGAAUUUCUGCCACCAAUUUUGCUCUUGUACAACAGAAAGCGUUCAAAUCUCUACGUGCUUCGCUUAAUAGGCCGGCCGCCAGAGCAACAACGCUCACGGGUGGAAAAACGCCAGCCCACAGCGAACAUAAUCCACUCCCAUCUGUAGCUAACGAUACCAUCGUCGGCUCUAUGCUCUUGCUUGGUGACGAGAUCAUUCGACCUGAUGAUCAGUAUAGUCUCGUUCGAGUUCAGUUCCUUCUUCAAGGCACGUACUCGUUGAUCGUUGAACGACACAAAUAUUUUGACUGUCCAUGUGCUCUCUCACAUCCGGCAAGAUUUGAUCCAGAAUAUCGGCUGGACAGCCCUGUGUUUGUAUCAACAGUCCGCGCUCUGGCCUAUGGCGACAUCAUGUCAUGUGUUCCAUGCGCGAGACCUCCUCUCAUGGACCAGAGGUACUGGCUCGAUGGAGCGGUCAGGGCGGCCAGAGAAGGAGCUCGAGAGCUGCGACCAGAUUUUGACGUGGGCUAUUGUGCAGAGGUGUUUGGUUUGCUUGGUCAGUGUACAGGUGCAAUCCACGAUCUCUAUAAUGAGAAAAUCUCAGAGCAGGAGUUUGCUCAUCUGCAAAACCUAUUUUGUAUACAGCUGGACAAGGCAAUAGCCGACAUUCCAGAGCUUGCACGCGACCAUGAGGACGAUCCAAAUUGCAGACCAAAGUCAAGCCCAUCGUGUUCUUUCAAAAGAGAGAGUAUCGAAGCCCACAACAGCUGCGUCAGAGCAGCGAUCUGCCACGGCCUCGCAACUCAGAUAUUCUUAUUGAGGGCGACGGAUCAUGAACACUCAUCCUCAGAAAUCCAGACACUUUCCAAUCUCCUGCGGAAAACCAUAUCUCGAAUCCCUACUAGUAACAGCGCGGUAAGCAUCAUGCUGUGGCCAUGGUGGGUUUUGGGAUGCGAAAGUUACCACACCGCCGGGCCCGACGACCUACGUGAAUUCGUGACCACAUUCCUCCAGACGAUCUACAACCGACUAGCCAUGAAAGGUGUAGAAAAGUGUUUGACGACGUUACAGAAGGUGAUAUGGACGCUGGAUCCGCCUGUUGAAUACGAAGAAGGCAAGUAUCACUGCCUCAUGCAACAACCAACCUGGGUACGGUAUUGUUGGAGCCAAAAGAUCGAGCUAUUACUUGCUUGA